AUGAAUCACUACAUCGGGAUUGAAAUAGAAAGGCGGUACCAGGAAUGGCUGCAAAAUAAGAACAAACCCUCUACACGACGCCAAUCGAUCAUGGACAUGGCCAUCGCAGAGUAUAUGAAGACGCGAGCAGCGGGACAAAAGCUCGAUCCUGAGUUCAAAACGUGGGCUACUUUCCAGAUCCGGCUCUUUCUUUUCGUUGGACAUGAUUCGGCCGCAGUGACUAUUAUAUUCUGUUUAUACCAGCUGUCCAAGCACCCAGACAUCCUAGCCAAAGUCCGCGCCGAACACGAUGAAGUCAGUGGAUCGUAUAGCGCUGCGGAACUGCUCAGACAGCAUCCCGAAGCGAUCAAUCAGCUCCCGUACACAUCGGCGGUGAUCAAAGAGACACUGCGCCUCCAUCCUCCUGCCAACGCACUGAGAGAUGGGCUUCCAGGCAUGGUGCUCCGAGAGCAGAAUGGUAGAGCGUUCCCCGUGGAAGGCUUCGCUAUUUGGGCUCUCCAUGGCGCUAUCCAGCGCAACGCGAACUCGUGGCCGGAGCCGUACGAGUUUAUCCCCGAGUUUAUCCCCGACCGCUGGCUCGUGAAGCCUGGUCAUCCUCUGUAUCCCCCGAAUUGGGGUUGGCGGCCUUUUGAACAAGGGCCCCGCAAUUGUGUUGGGCAGAACAUGUCGCUCGUUAGUAUCAAGGUCUCGCUUUUGAUGACCGUGCGGGAAUUCAAUGUACAUGACCAGUAUGCGGAGUGGGAUCGUCUACGUCUGUCUGCGGGUAUCAGGGCUAUGGAUGGGGAGCGGGUCUAUAUGGUGCAAAAGGGGUCGGGGCAUCCUGCUCAGGGGUUUCCGUGUAAGGUUACGAUGGCUAGGGGUUGA